AUGGCAAGUCCACAGUAUAACCUUCUUCUCAGCUACUUCAACUCUUCCACUGGAGUUCUACCGAUAGUAAGCAACCUACCAACAUCUCUACAAGAUAAGUGGACUACUCAAGCUGCUGGAUAUAAGAAACGGAAUUGUGUUCCAUUUCCCCCAUUUUCAUACUUUGUCAAUUUCAUCCGUGAAAUGUGUGAUAUGGGUAAUGACCCAGGACUUAUUUGUCAACAGUCCACAAACCCACAGGUAGCAUACAGCAAGCCUAGAUCUACUGGCAAUGUCACCUCUCGUAAAGCUGAAAUUUCGUCACUAACACCGCCAACUCGUUGCCCCAUACACAAUGCUGGACAUACACUGAAUGAAUGCCGUGGCUUCAAAAGAAAAUCACUACAAGAACGUCAAAGGAUUCUACGUGAGAAGAAUUUGUGUUUCCGGGAUUGUGCUUCACAGAAUUAUAUGUCUAAAAACUGUACUGCAGAUAUAAAAUGUGAUAUAUGUGGUAAUUCUCGUCAUGUCACAGCGAUGCAUAUUGAUCGUUGUCAUCAAAGACCUCUGUCACACACUGCCGUAACCACAGUCAAAACUCCUUCGGACAAUGGAGGGGAGCUAUCUCCAGAAAAUGAUGAAACAGUGAAAUCGUGUUGUACUCAGCUGUGUGGAAAUUCUGUUGGUGGACGUUCAUGUAGGAAAUUAGUUCUGGUGGAGGUGCUUUCUACUUUAAACCCAGAGAAAACAAUUCGUGCAUAUGCUACAAUCGAUGACCAAAGCAACCGUACUUUAGUGUCCCCUAACUUGAUCAAACAACUUGAUGUUUCGGGAGACUGUAAGUCCUACACAUUUACCUCAUGCUCUGAUGUAUCUACAUUCAAUGGACGCCUUGUGAAUGGAUUGUGUGUGAAAUCCUUAGAUGGAACAUCAUUUAACUUACCUGAAGUUAUUGAAUGUGAUUCAAUUCCAAGUGAUUACCUUGAAAUACCUACUUCAGAUGUCGGUGAUUCAUAUCCGCAUCUACAAUGCAUUGCAUCGUUCUUACCAUCCUUUGAUCGUACAGUUAAUGUUGAAAUCCUUAUUGGACGUGACUUACCUGAUGUACAUCAUGUGCAUGACCAAAUAACUGGUAGCAUAGGUCAGCCUUUUGCCCAACUUCUAUCAUUAGGAUGGGUUAUUAUUGGUGAAUUUUGUAUUGGAAAAGUUCAUCCCCCAAAGGAAGUAAAUGUAAACAAAACGCAUAUUCUCAAUGAUGGACGGUGUACCACCUUCUUAUUGUGUCAGAAUAACAUCAGUGUCAAGGACAGUGAUAACAGCAUAUUCCUACAAACUCCAUUUGACAACAAGAUUGGACUUUCUGUUGAUGACCGCAAAUUUCUCACUCUCAUGGAUGAAGAGUUUCAUAAGGAUGCUGAAGGCUAUUGGUCUGCACCGCUCCUUUUUAAAGAUUCUAAACCAGCCAUGCCAAACAAUUAUUCACAGGCCUGA